AAUGAAUUCUAUGUUAAAGAAAGCCUUGGAAUUAAUUAGUAGGUUACCAAAUGAAAGGAGUAAAAAUGAAAUUGCCAUCCUCUUACCCUGGUUAAGGAGAAAGGGAAAAUGUUUAAAAUAUUUAGAGUCUAGCGAAUUGUCCAACUUAUUAAGGAAUUGCUCGUACGAUCACGUAGAAGGUAAUAAGCUUAUCAUAAAGCAGGGAGAUAUUGGUCGAAGUUUCUACAUUAUACUUAGCGGAAAGGUGUCUGUUCAUAUACAUACAUCAUUGAUAAAUGAGGAUGCGGAUGAUAGAGAAGAAUUAGAUAAUGGAUUAUCCAACGAUCUAGGAAAAUAUAUAACUUCCUAUGGUGAAGGUCAAUGUUUCGGAGAAAUAGCUUUGAUAAGUGAUAAUGCUGUAAGGAAUGCAUCUAUCUUGUCGGAAGAAGAAACUCAUUUACUCGUUAUUGACAAAGAACUGUUUGAUUCGACUCUAAAAACUCAGCAUGAAAGAGACUUUAGGGAAAAGAACGAGUUUGUUAGAGCUUGUCCCCUCUUUAAAGAUUGGUCUUCUAAAUCUCGAAGAUUGAUGGAAAUGAGCUUAAGAAAAGAAGUAUUCGCAUACGAUUCAUUUAUCUUUAAACAAGGCCAGCCGUUUACUGGAGUAUUCUUUAUCCUAAGGGGCCGAACAAAGGUUACCACCCGACCAUCAAUGCACGAAGAGCAGUAUGACACAAUUUUAAAGGUUAAAAAAGAAAAGAAAUCAAUAGUCUCUCAGGAAAGAAUACGCGUUAGAAGAAAGGAAGGCUAUUCGGCUGCCGAGAAAAGAAUGAAGAGUAGAGAGAUAGAAGUAUGCUGGAUGGAAGAGAAUGAGAUUAUUGGAGAUUUAGAGAUGCUACUAAACAUGGAAACUUACGCUCUAAAUGUCUUUUGUAAAACGGAUACAAUUUGUUACUAUCUUGAUAAAAAGAAUAUAGAACGAUUAAUUAGGAAGGCAGGUACCACUUGGGUUAUGUUUCAAAAUUUAGCUUUAAGUAAAUUAGACGCUUGGUUACCUAGAAAAGUUCCGUUAUUUGCCAAAAUCAAAGAGAUAAUAGCCAAGGAAUUGCCAAGUAAUGAAGAUAAACAAUUGGACAAAAAAGCUGAAACUAUGAGUGAAUUAAUUAAGCUCUUCUUAAAUAAUAAAACGCCUUUAAUAGACCCCUGCGUACCAGGUACAAUCUAUUAUAUGACCAGAAACGCCGAAAAAGCUCGACAGCAUAUGGAAACUGCAAAAAAAGGUGCUAAAUUACAAAAGUUGCCUCCUGAAAUUAAACUAGAAAGGGCUAGGAGGCAGGCAUCGGGUAAGAGACCGAGAUCACGUAGAGAAUUGGAAAGGCUUACUAAUAGAAUUGAUACGAAUUGGAUGAAAAGCCAAAAAAGAGUUAGAUCCAAUAUCCUUCGACCUAAAACAGCGCCGCCAAAGAUUGGAGAUUUUCAGCCUUCUAAUGAUUGGUUUGAUGAGGAAACCAGUGAUAAAAGUCUCACCAACCUAGAAUUUCGAAUAGCUAACUUCUUAGCUGAUAACGUUAAGGGUAGGGGUAGGGAAUUAGUUAGUCAAGUAACAGGCCUCAAAAGAUUUAAUAUAACUGGAGCUGAUAAUGUUCCAAUUGCUGGUGGUACUGUAUUAAUUCGAGAAAAGAAAUGCAAUUAUUCAAGUAAUCUCAUUUCUGACGAUUCCCAUCAGCAUAUUCGCCGCUUUAUUAUUCCAAGGGAAGCCUAUUCAAUAGCCACUAGAUGUCUGUCGUCACCCUCUAGACGCUAG